GGGCAAGCACUCCUUCCUCCCAGAGUCCCUCCCUUCCUCCAACUUGGCUCUGGAAUAACCUAAGAGUGUUACUACUAUGAGCACCUGCUGAGGAUGGGGUACCCCUGAGUUAUUGGGGAGAAAGGCCUAUAAGGUCUUGAGCUCAGGGACAUACUACCACCACCAGACAACCGAUAGUUAGGGGCUCUGCUUAGAAAGCCCCAGGACUCUUGAGCCAUUCUCCAUUUCUUCCUUUGUGAAAUGGCCAGAUGACUGGCCAUUUAUGAACCAAUCACAGGGCCUAGGGUAUGUGUGGGAGGACAUUGGGGCUGCAGGGGUGGCUGCUCAGGAAUCCAGGAUCCAGGCAGACAGGAAGGAGCACGUCAUUGCUCUAUCGUCUCCCCAUCAGUCUCAACCAGGACAAACAUUUCCGCUCCAGGCGCUGAGCUGGGGUGGGGCUUGGAUGACUUCCUCAGUUCUGGGCUUUGUGUGGGGGUGGGGAGGCCCAUUGGCUCAGAUGGAAGGACCAAGUCCUGAAAGCUAUGACUCAGUGGUAAACCUGAGUCCAGUCUCUUGACCCUUACUGACCCAAGUGCCCUGGGGCUUGUCCCCAGUUGGCCACACCUCUGUGUGCCCCAGUACCUAGAUUACCCAGCUGCAUUUCAAGGAUGCCAGAGGCGGCCAUGCUUCUGUCAGAGCAGACAAUUCACUUUACCCUGGAAGGGAUGGGACUACCCCCUCUCCAGCAAACUAUGUCUGGGCCCAGAAAAUCAUCCAUGGAAUGAGGAUUUUCCCUGUGGAGGUGAGGUUUCCCAGGCCUGCCUAACCUGAGUUUAACCUAUGACUGGGGGAGAGCAGGAGCUUGAAUUCUGAAAUUGUGGCAGGUCAGGACCAGAGUUAAGGCUCUCAAGACUGUGUUUAGGGCCCUUCCACAGGCUAAAGUUUUCCACCAGGCCUGUGGGGAGAUGGGCGGAGCCUCCUUUUAGGCUGGGCUCCAGUUUCCAUGGAAACCCACAGGCUUCCCACCCCAACGCCGCCUGGGCAAGCUCCCAGCCCAGGCCUCAUCCCACACCAGCUUCUCCCCUGGACUACUGGCGCUCCGGCCUCAGCCUCUCCAGGUCCCCUACCUCUACCCCCACCAUAUCUAUCCCUAUUCCUGAGCCUCUCUUCAUCCCUAAACUUUAGUUUCUCAGUAAACAGGCUUCCUGAGCUCCUGCCUCUCUCAGGCCUUUCUAAUCUCCUCACCAGCUCUAAGGCCUGGCAGGCCUCCCACAGACCAACAAACAGCAGCAGACCUCCUAAACCACUCCACUUUCUUUUUCUCCCUGCCCCACUCCAUGCAUGGAGAAUCCAGGACUAGUUGUGCAUGGGCAGACUUCUUCCUUUUCCACAGCACUUCGAAGUCUUGUCAACAACCCCCAAUACAGUGAUGUUUGCUUUGUGGUCGGUCAAGAACAGCAGGAGGUAUUUGCCCACCGGUGCCUGUUGGCCUGUAGAUGCAACUUCUUCCAGCGACUGCUGGGCACAGAGCUGGGCCCCGGGGUGCCUAGUCCUGUGGUGCUAAGCACUGUGCCAGCUGAGGCCUUCUUGGCAGUGCUGGAGUUCCUGUAUACCAACAGUGUCAAGCUGCACCGCCACUCUGUGCUGGAGGUGUUGACGGCAGCUGUGGAGUAUGGGCUAGAAGAACUGCGAGAGCUGUGUCUGGAGUUUGUGGUGAAGGUGCUGGACGUGGAAUUGGUUUGUGAGGCUCUGCAGGUGGCCGUAACCUUUGGCCUGGGGCCGCUGCAGGAGCGGUGCAUAGCUUUCAUAGAGGCCCACAGUCAGGAGGCGCUCCGGACUCGUGGCUUCCUGGAGCUGUCGGCCGCUGCGCUGCUUCCCCUGCUGCGCAGCGACAAGCUCUGCGUGGACGAGGUCGAGCUGGUCCGGGCAGCCCGGAGCUGGGCGCGCGUGGGCGCGGCGGUGCUGGAGCGGCCUGUGGCCGAGGUGGCGGCCCCGGUAGUGCGAGAGCUGAGGUUGGCCUUGCUGGCCCCGGCGGAGCUGAGCGCCCUGGAAGAGCAGAACCGGCGGGAGCCGUUCAUCCCGGUGAGGACGCGGGGAGCCAGGCUCAGAUCAACUCCGCAACGUGGGGACCCGAAGCUAGGGGUGCGGCUCUGCCCAGUGUCUCCCUGGCGAAGAGGCACUGCAUGGCUGCGCGGUGACCCGCCUUCCCCUGUAGGUGGAGCAGAUUGUGGAGGCGUGGAAGUGUCAUGCCCUGCGGAGAGGGGAUGCCGCCCUGGGAGCACUGUGCCGCCGACGGAGGGGGACCCUGCCCCGGGAGCACCACCGCUUUCUGGACCUGCCCUUCAAGUAACUCAAGGCCGUGACUAGAGAGGAAUUCCUGGCCUGCUCAAAACUGCAGCUCCCAACGUGCUCUGAGGUUGGAGCGGGCUUCCGCUCCCAGCAUGCCGCGCCUUCCGGGAGCCGGAAGGCUUGUUCUCGGGUGCCGUGCCCUGUGCGAGACGACCGGCCUAGGGCGGGGCUGUGAGAAGAGUGCUGGUCCAGUGCCUUCUCGCGAUGGCGAAAUCCAAAAGUGAGGGUUUCUUUCACUCCACGGCGGGGCACUCUCGUGCGCAGGUGUACUCUGAUUGCUCCCACGUGUCUAUUAGGUCCAGCCUCCUCUUUAAUAAUAGCUCUUCCUCCUGGAGAUCGUUCCUUGAGUGCCCCACAGACACCUCAGUGCACAAUCGAGCUCUCCGUCUUUCCCCCAGCUCUGUCCCGGUUCUGUUUCUCAUUUCCGUGAACGCCCACGCCGGAAACUUGGACGUCAUCCUUGCCCCAUCCCUCUCCCUCGCACUUGCCUCAGGUCUUUCUACUUCUUAAAAGAUCUUUCCAGAUGUUUCAGUCUUUAGCCUAUCCUGCCUAUCACGUCUUAUAACCCUUCUUGUCUUCACCCCUCAAUCGAUUUCCCACACGCAGUCAGCCCUAUCAGAUUGUCAAGUCGACUUCCCUUAAGUCCCUCAACAUCCCUAAUACACUCGCUGGGCGUUCAAAAUAUUGUGGUUUCUGAGCAUUUAGCAACUCUUCUUUCAUCCCUGCUUUUGCAAAAAUUCUCCCCUGGGAGGUACUCAGGAUUUGCUCCCUUGUUGUUGAGGUUUCCACUUUUCACCUCUUUCAUCUUACAUCUUGUCUUCCUGUGGACCUGAAUCUCCCUGAAGAAAGAUCCCUGAGGCCUGGAGUAGUGCCUUAUUCGUUUUUUUUCAUCAGUCUCAGUCACAUAAUCAGUGUUUGGUAAAUGCUAAGUGAAUGACUUCAUUUCCCUAUUUAUUCCAUAAAGAGUCCUCCUAACUUCCAGCACUGGGGACUAAACCCUGGAGCGCUCUACCACUGAGCUACAUUCUUAACUUUUUUUUUUGAGACAAGGUCUUGCUAAUUUGCCUUGCUGGUCAGGAACUCCCCAACAGUCCUUCUAAUUUUAGAGACUGCUCAGCAGCUGGGACAACAGAUGUAGGCCUUCACACUGGGCAAAAAGUUUUAAAGAAGUUGUAAAACAAGAUAUCAUCAAUCUAUGGGGCUGGGAAUGUGGCUCAAGCGGUAACGUGCUCGCCUGGCCUGCGCGGGGCACUGGGUUCGAUCCUCAGCACUACAUAAAAAUAAAAUAAAGAUGUUGUGUCCACCGAAAACUGAAAAAUAAAUAUUAAAAAAUUAUCUCUCUCUCUCUCUCAAAAAAAAAAAAAAAAAAAGAUAUCAUCAAUCUAAAAUGAGGGCAAUUGACUAUUUAGAAGAAAAUAUUUUAAUAUCUGUCUCAGGGACUUUAUACAAAAAUAUAUUGCAUUGGGCUGGGGAUGUGGCUCAAGUGGUAGCGCGCUUGCCUGGCAUGCGUGCGGCCCGGGUUCGAUCCUCAGCACCACAUACAAACAAAGAUGUUGUGUCCGCCGAAAACUAAAAAAUAAAUAUUAAAAAUUCUCCCUCUCUCUCUCUCUCUCUCUCUCUCUCUCUCUUAAAAAAUAAAAGGGUACUUCCUGCGCUUUCAAACUUUAAAAAAAAUAUAUUGCAUGCCAAUAAAAAUAGUUAUUUGUCACUCUCAAGAUUGAAAAGGUUCGGGUUGUAGUGCACAAGCAUGUAAUCUCUGCAGCUGGGGAGGCUGAAGCAGGAGGAUUGCAAGUUGAGGGCAACCUCAGCAACUUAGCCAGAUCCUGUCAAAAUAAAAAAAGACUAGGGAUGUACAUCAGUGGUAAAACACCCCAGGGUUCAAUCCCUAGUACAAAAAAAAAAAAAAAAUGUUCACCCAGUAAUACUGCUUCAAGCAACAUUGUUUCAGUAGUGGGGGGAAAAAAACCCAACACUUUAUUUUGUGAUACUGGGGAUUGAGCCCAGGGCCUAACACAUGCUAGGCAAGUGCUCUACCCCUGAGCUACAUCACCAGCCCUUUUUGUUUUUUGAAUUUUGAGACAGAGUCUCCCUAAUUUCCCAGGUUAGCCUCAAACUUGUGAUCAACCCUCCUGCUUCAGCCUUUUGAGCAACUAGACAUGCACCACUGCACCUGGAUGGAGAGUGAAAACUGAAAAUUAUAUGUCCAUUAAUAGAUAUCUGGUUAAAUUAACUAUGGUAUAGUCCUACAAUGAUACAAAAGAUUUGCAUGAUCUUUACUGAAAAAAAAGCAUAGUGUGACCAAGUAGAGUAUUAUGCCUUUUGUGAUAGCUUGAUGUGGUGGUACUUGCCUGUAAUCCCAGCAAUUUAGGAGGCUGAGGCUGGAGGAUUUUGAGUUUGAGGGCAGUCUCAGCAACUUAGUAUGGCCCUAAGCAAUCUGGCCAAACACUUUGAGAGCCUGGGAAGAUGUGGCUCAGUGGUUAAGCAUCCUUGGGUUCAAUCCCUGGUAUAAAAAGAAAGAAAGAAAAGAGAAGUGUGGUGCUAGGCACGAUGGCAUAUGCCUGUAAUUCCAGCUGCUCAGAAGGCUGAAGGAGAAUUGUGUCCAGUCUGGACAAUUUAGUGAGAGACAAUCUGUCUAUACCAUGUAGCUCCAUGGUGGUGCUUCCCCAACCCCUGUUCGAUCCUAUAUCCAGCAAAAUAAAAUAUAAAUAAAUAAAUAAAUCUAUUUGUUUCAC